UUGAUCUCCGCUCCCUGCUGACCAGAGAAAACACCCGAUAGCGAAUGCGAAGAGGGAUUUAAAUGAGAAACAUCGUCGGCUUUACUUGGCGGACAGGGUAUCAAGUCUUCGCCUUAUGUUGGUCGGCGUAGCCUUGUUGUUGACCUCUCAGAGUGCUAGAUAAGCAUCGUCUCAUUAGAUGAAAACAUCCUUUAAAUGCCACAGACACACCUCUGUGUAAACUCCCACUUUAAGAGGCAAGACGCGGGCUUAGGAGGAGAGGAGGCUGCAGAGCGACUUUCUCCUCGUCCUUCCCCCUGAUCUCACAUCCCAUCCGCCACCGCCCUCUUCCCUCCAAACCAUGGACCCCCCAAGAAUUCGGUCUCGAUCUCGGUCUGGCUUCUAUCAUUUUGCCAUUAACGGGAGUGUUGGGACCAACGGGAACGCGGCCGCUAACGGCAAUGUGAUGAGCAACGGCGGCGGCGGCGGCGGAGGAGGAGGGAGCUACCCGCCGCAGAGCAGCCCGAGCUGGGCGCUGCACCACGGUGGUCGGAGCUACCCGGAGAACCAGCAGCAGCAGCAACAGCUGCAGCAGCAGCAGCAGCACAUCCAGAGGAGCUACCUGUCCGCGGGGGUACCGCGCCACUCCGUGCACGGAGCCCACCGGAACCCCGGGGCCGGUGGAGUGCUGCAUUUCCAUCCAGACAAUGUUUGCGUUGAGGAUCGGGACAAGAUGGAGGACAGUCCCACCCCAAAAAGACAACGUCUUUCCCAGCAGUCUAUGAUAGAUCUGAGCUCUGCCCCUCCCUCCACUCCAUCUUCUCCUAUUCGCCCAUGGGAGUUGCCUCCAAGUCGAAGACCGCACCCUCAUUUCAUACCAGAGAGAUGCCAUACGCCUGUUAGGAACCGCCGCAGCCCCCCAAUGAGACGCCAGCGUGGCCGUCGAGACCGACUGACACGUCACCACCAUCAUCACCAUGGCCACAGCAACGGCAACAACCACCAUUACAACAGCAACAACAAUCAUCACAACCAUCACCACCCCAACGCCCACCACCACCACCACUCCCAUCAUGGCCCUGCACUGGGCCAUCAAGAUGAGAACUACAGACACCUGGUUCCACCUCAGGGUUACCCACCGUACAGCCAGCAACCCCCCAGAGGCCCAGGGCUGGAUGAACGUCCAGGCUACCAUCCCCCAAAUCCCUCUCCGAGGCCUCUCCACCAGUCACCGAACCUGUCUCCCAGGCUCCUGCACCCUGGGGCCCAUCCACAGCACCCUCACCCGCCUCAGCAGCAGAGCAGUGUUGUGCUUGACCUCCACGAGCAGAGUUCAGUUCCAGCAUCCUUUCCUGUGUCUCCUCCUGGAGCGCCGCCUGGCCUGCAGGCUCGCUCCGGCCCACAGCAGAUCCCAGCAUGCUCGGUCGUCUUCAGUGGGCAACACUAUCCCGUUUGCAGCGUCCCUCCUCCCGUACUUCAGACCUGUUCUGUUCAGCACUUACCCAUGCCAUACCCAUUCCCAUCCUUACUAUCAAGUGACCCAGCCUUCUUGAUUCCUCCUCCUCACCUCAGUCAUGCCCCCGCUCACCUUUCCCAUCAUCCACCUCACUUGCCACAGCCUGGACAGUUUGGACCUUAUCCUGCCCAGCAAGCCCGUUCACCGUUACAGAGGAUAGAGAAUGAUGUGGAGCUGCUUGGAGAGCAUCUGUCUUUGGGGGCGGGGCUCCAUUAUCCCCCCGCCACCCACCCUGCUCUGACCCCACACUCCACACAACUCCCCUUCCUCUCCCAUGAUCCUCUGUCACAGGAGUUCUUUGGCAUGUCCUAUCCUAACUUCAUUCCUCGGCGUCUCCCUGGGCGGCGGUACCGCUCCCAGCAGCUUCCACUUUCGCCUUACCACCCGAGCCUGUUGCGUUACUUCCUGUCAAUGCUGCCUGUUCAGCCCACAGGUCCUGCAAUCAGCCUAGAGCUGGAUGUAGAUGAUGGAGAAGUAGAGAACUAUGAGGCCCUCCUGAACCUCGCCGAGCAACUGGGAGAGGCUAAGCUGAGAGGACUGACCAAAGGGGACAUCGAACAGCUUCCCUCUUAUCGAUUCAAUCCAAAUAACCACCAGUCGGAACAAACACUGUGCGUAGUGUGUAUGAGUGACUUUGAGUCGCGUCAACUGCUGCGAGUCCUGCCCUGCAGCCAUGAGUUUCAUGGGAAGUGUGUUGACAAGUGGCUAAGGGCCAACAGAACUUGUCCCAUUUGUCGUGCAGAUGCCUCGGAGGUCCAGAGAGACUCAGAGUGACCACAGGGGGGAGCCAGAGACUUUGUUUUAAUAAACACAUCCAGCACUGCCUGCUCCUUCUUACUCAAAGCACAUGUCUGUACUAGCACACAAACAAACACACACAACGGCUUUACAUAUUUACAAGUUAUACCCUCCUCUUUGGUUGAUUCCCUCCUUCAUAGAUUUUCAGGUGGUUUACAUCAAGAUGACUUCCUCUUUUUUUUUUUUUUGCUGUACGUGCACAUAGGUCCUCAGGUCCUCACGUUUUCAGUGAAUGACCCAACUUCCUGCAGGUUUUGUGUGUCUGCGUGUGUCUGUGGGGGGGCAUUUGCAUGCUCCUCACAUGUGCAAGCAUAUCUGGGGUCUGCCCAGUAAUGCAGGGCUGAGGUACACGACUGUGCUUCUGGUGUCUGCGUAUGCAAGUGUGAGAGAAAUGUUUUCUGACGUUCUGGAGCAUGCCUGAGUUUCUCUUGUGUACCAGACAAGUGUUUUUGCUCUAAAGAGUGACAUUACUUUGUAUGUGUAUGCACUGUCUUAUGCAUAUUGUGUGUGUGUGUGUGUGUGUUAUAGACUUAAUCUUUCUCUCUAGUUUGACACUAAGCGUCCGUGCUGCCACUGUAGUCUUGGGUUGCCUGUUGGAUUUUCUCCUGGUAGAUUUUAUUAUAAUAAUAAUGAGAAUGGUAUUUUUUGUCUUUAAGCAUAUUCUGCAAGUAAAGCUAAGAAUUACUGUAUGACAGUCAUCUGAUCAGUCCGGUCACUCAUUAGAUGUGCUACAUGGCACUGAUUUCAAAUGAAGCACAUUUUUUUUCCUGUAUUGUUUUCAAACAACUCGUUUUUUUUUCCCUCUUUUUUUUCUGAACAGUGGCACAUGUUAUACAUGUAUAUAUGUGUAUAUAGAUAUAUAUACACACACUGUGUAAAUCAGUUAAAAUGUAUACCAAAUAAAAAACUUAUGAACUUUUAUACUUCAACUAUUUUAUCCUAAUGAAAUGCAUACUUCUUGGAAGGUAUGAAUUUCUCUUUUUAAAUUUUCUAAUCACCUUUCAGUGUAGACAUAAGCUAAAAACCUGUAUCUAUAUGGAAAUAAAUGUAUAUAGUUGCUGUUGUUUGUUCA